GACGUGGGUCGGGCGUGUCUGAGUGUGAAAGUGGGCAUGUUAUCAGCGGUCAAAGGAAGUGGCUAGUUUUCCAUUCCAUCCAUUCAUAGCGCAACCGCUCAUAACGUGCACUGACGCAUAGGCGAGAUAGGGAUCAGCGAGAGAGAGACAGAGAGAGGGUUGGAUUAGGGCACUGACAGCCACCUCAGUCAAACAGUUGAGAGACACACGGUCACAACCUGCUGAGGGGGCAAAACUAGCGGGACCGGAAAGUCUAAAUCCAAUCCAGAUCACCUCUUAACCGGUUAGGGAGAGAGGACCACCGACCACCUCGAGACCCCGCACUGAUUGAAAAGAGGGCAGAGUUGGAGAGUAAAACAAUCCGUUUAGAAAAAGAUGGAGCGCAAAAUCCCCGACUUCGCUGGAACCUGGAAGAUGAAGAACUCGGAGAACUUCGAGGAGCUUCUCAAAGCGCUGGGUGUGAACGUGAUGCUGCGUAAGAUAGCGGUGGCAGCAGCCUCCAAGCCGUCGGUGGAGAUCACCCAGGAGGGAGAGACUCUGUCCAUACGAACCUUCACCUCCGUCAGAACCACCCACGUCACCUUCACCGUGGGAGAGUCCUUCAACGAGGCCACGGUCGACGGACGCCCCUGCACGAGUCUUCCAAAGUGGGAGACAGACAGUAAGAUCAGCUGUGAGCAGACUCUGCAGAAAGGGGAGGGACCUAAGACCGCCUGGACCCGAGAGAUAACCAAUGACGGUGAGCUCAUCCUGACCAUGAGUGCGGACGAUGUGGUGUGCACCAGAGUCUACGUACGAGAGUGAAAGAGAAGACAUCUCUUCAUCCUUCCAUCUCUCUCACCACUCACUCACUCACUCCACAAACCCCCAGCCAGAAUGGGCAGGGUGAAAUCAGCUUGUAGAAUCUAGUUUAACUCCAGUAUAUCUGUCACAAAGCCAUGGGAUUGAACCCAGUCUAGUUGACCUAUAUCUAUUAAAGUCAGUCUUGCCAAUGUUCUGUCCACUUACUCAGUGAGGUCGUAAACCUGAAAUUGUGUCUUUUUCUGAGUCUUUGUACGUGCAAGGUUGUUGAUCCAUGUGUGUGUGUGUGUGUGUGUGUGUGUGUGUGUGUGUGUGUGUGUGUGUAUGUGCUAGUCAGUGGAGUAGGUCUAAGUGUGUGUAUCAGUGUCUGACUAUAUUUGUAGUUGUGUAAACCUAUCUAUGAGCUCUUCCAGUUAUAACUACGGGAAGACAAUAAAACACCAUGUUGACUCCA